AUGAAUGCUGCUAUAAGUCAAUCUACGUUUGGCACAUGCAUGAAAUUAACAGAACAGUUACAUUUUAUAGUUGUCAAACUGAAAGCUUAUACAAAAAACGAUGAAUAUGAUGAGUUAUUACAACAGAUUAAUUUACAAGUGCAAUUUCUUACUGAAUCUCACAUCGAAUAUCUAAAACAUCAAGAUGAAUUAAAAUCUAUUUCCAUUAAACAAACACAAGCACUGAACCAGAUUAUGGAUAAGAUUUUAAACGAGAAACUUUAUAUUGGUGGAGUUUAUUCACCACCUAAAACACUUCCACCUUUUGAGCUGUUUGAGAAGCAUAAAGAUAAAGAUAUCUAUCUAUUUGGAGAUUAUAAUGCUAAACAUAGCAAUUGGAAUUAUGAAAACAGUAAUUUUUUAUCAGCCUUGAGUGAUAGAUGUAGUGUUUAUGAAAGUAUUAAACUUUUUCGACCACCGUGGCCACUAUAUCUAGUGAAUUUAAUUCGAGAAGUAAAUAAAUUAAAACGUAAGUGGAGAAGAACACGUUUUUUAGGUGAUUACUUGAAUUUUAAACAUCAUCAAAAAAUUUAUAUUGAAGAGAAAGUUAAGUUUGAACAAAACAAACGUGAGCAAAAAAUAAAACAUAUAAAAGAAGACAAUAACGUUUGGUCUCACAUAAAACAAGUAUUUCGUCCUUACACUCCUUCUUUUAGAGGAUUGACAACAAAUGGCGGAGUACUAAAAGGUAAUCAAGAAAUAGCUGAUCAACUAGCUAAUUAUUAUGAAAAACAUUUUUCAGAGCCAGUUUUUGAUGUAAACAAUACAUUUCAUCUUGAGUGUAUUGAGUCAUACGAAAAAAUAAAAAAUACACAAAACAUUUCACUUGGAAAGAUCAAACUAGAAGAAGUUGUUUUACAGUGGAAAAUUUUUUUCCAAAGAAAUGAGAUCGUAGCAAGAAUUGAGAAAUGGUGUACAGAUCAAAGUAUUCACAUCGAUGAACAAUCUGGAUUACAGCAAGAAAAAGACUACAGACAAGAAUUGUUUCUAUGA